AUGGCUAGUCCGUCGACCGUGGUGAGGGAGGUCGUCAAGGAGACCUUCAAGGGCAGUGGCGCUGUGGAAGAGCCGUCUCACCAGCUGUCGGCGCAGAGUAGGGCGCGGUUCAAUGCCCAUGCUUCUAGGGAUCCCGAGACCGGCGAGCUGUUCAUGGGCCCUGAUGAGUUUAUCAAUGCUGUUGCGCCGGAGAAUGAAGACUAUCACAAAAUCAAGCGGGAUCAAUACUCGAUUCUGUUUCGCGUCGCUGACAACAGAGGCCAUGGACGCCUGAGUCUGGCUGAUUGGGGUGUCUUUGAGAACCUGCUAAUGAAGCCUGAUGCCGAGUACGAAAUCGCAUUCCGCCUCUUCGACGUUGAUCGCACCGGCGACGUCAAGUAUGACGACUUCCGCAGACUUUACGAGCUCAACAAGGGUCCUGACAACAUUCCCUUUGACUGGGACUGCGAGUGGGCGAAGCUGUAUAUCGGCAGCAAGAAGAAGCGCCAUAACCUGAGCUAUCCCCAGUUUUCGCAAAUGUUGCGCGGUCUGCAGGGAGAGCGCAUCCGACAGGCUUUCCAGCUGUUCGACAAGGACGGCGACGGCUACAUCGACCCUGAGGAGUUUGAGCGCAUCAUUAUCGAGACUUCCAAGCACAAGCUGUCCGACCACCUUCUCGCCAACUUGCAUACCCUCUGCAACAUUUCUACCGGGAGCAAGAUUUCCUACGCCAACGUCCGCGCCUUUCAAAACAUGAUUAAGGAGAUGGAUUUGGUGGAACUUAUUGUGCGACGUGCCAUUGCGAUGAGCACCGACGGCAAGAUUACGCGCGCAGAGUUCGUCAACGAAGCCUCCAAGGUUACGCGGUUUUCCCUCUUUACCCCCAUGGAAGCCGACAUCCUCUUUCACUUUGCUAGUCUUGACGAGCCCUCUGGCCGCCUUGGGUUGAAAGACUUUGCCAAGGUUCUCGAUCCUUCGUGGAGAAAUCCCAUGUACGACACUGAUGAGUCGGCUGCGCCUACGACCAAGAAGGCCACUUUCCUCCACGGCCUUCUUGAGUCUUCAUACAACUUUGCGCUGGGUAGUGUGGCUGGUGCUUUUGGUGCCUUUAUGGUGUAUCCCAUUGACUUAGUCAAGACGCGUCUUCAGAACCAGCGUGGUGCGCAGCCCGGACAACGACUGUACAAGAACUCGAUUGACUGCUUCCAAAAGGUGAUUCGAAACGAGGGUUUCCGAGGCUUGUACUCGGGUGUUUUGCCACAGCUUGUUGGUGUGGCGCCUGAGAAGGCUAUCAAGCUGACUGUCAAUGACCUUGUUCGACGUCAAUUCACUGACAAGCAGGGUCGCAUUCCUCUGAGUGCUGAGAUUUUGGCUGGUGCCACUGCUGGUGGUUGCCAAGUUGUCUUUACCAAUCCCCUCGAGAUUGUCAAGAUUCGACUGCAAGUUCAGGGUGAAGUCGCCAAGACGCUCGAAGGCACGCCCAAGCGAUCGGCCAUGUGGAUUGUGCGCAACCUGGGUCUCAUGGGUCUGUACAAGGGAGCAUCGGCAUGCUUGCUGCGCGACGUUCCCUUCUCGGCCAUCUACUUCCCUACCUACAGCCACUUGAAGAAGGACUUUUUCGGCGAGUCACCUACUAAGAAGCUAGGCGUCCUGCAGCUCCUUACCGCCGGUGCCAUUGCCGGCAUGCCCGCCGCCUACCUCACGACGCCAUGCGACGUCAUCAAGACUCGUCUGCAGGUCGAGGCCCGCAAGGGCGAAGCCUCGUACACCGGCCUCCGACACGCCGCCAAGACCAUCUGGAAAGAAGAGGGUUUCACGGCCUUCUUCAAGGGUGGUCCCGCCCGAAUCUUCAGAUCCUCCCCACAGUUCGGUUUCACCCUCGCCGCCUACGAAGUCCUCCAGACGCUGCUGCCCAUGCCGGGCGGCAAGGCGGAGGAGAAGAUGCAGGUCGGCGUCAGCGAGGUCAUGUCCACGGUGACCAAGCGCGGAACCCUCGACACCUCGCCGUUUGCCCGUAGCCGAAACGCUCUCAAGAUCAUUCUCGAUCUGGACGAGGACUUUGGCCGAUCUAAGAUUCCUGAUGCGAAUAGCUGGAAGAGUCUGCCUAAGGUGAUGGGCGGUGGGGGCGCAGCUCAAUAA